AGAGAAACCAAGGAAGACUCUGCAAAGGAACACCCAUUCUGACUCAGCCGUGACUAUGAUUCGCACAAACAUGUGUCGGCUACUUAUGGAUCAUGGAGGUGGUUAUGGUGAUGGAGCAUUGAUAUUGGGUUCGUGGGAGUUUGAAAAAGGUUUAGGUUUGGGUUGA